AUGAGUUCCGCAUUCUUUCGCCGACCUACAGAUGACAGCUCAAGUUCAGAUAGCGAUGAUGCCGAGCCAAUCGAUGCUUCGCAAGGAGAGUUAGACCACUCGGCUGAGGUAGCAAUUGGACCUGCAACGACCACUACUGAGUCGAUCUCGAGCCAUGAAAGCGUGUCCGUCGGGGAGGGACAGGAGGUUCCGUUGGCCGACUUCCGCAAUGUUGAACAACAUCGCAGCCUUCUGCUCUCCGCACUACUUGAGGAUUUCGUCAAAAACAGGGCUUGCGAAGAGAUGAACAAGGCCAAUCCUGGACGGAAUUUUGACCGUCAUUCACCAGAAAUUCAGCCUCUAGCACAGAGGCUUUUCCAACAAGCCAGUCAACCUCUAGCUCUGAACGGGUGGAUUACACCAACAUCUGCGAACGAUAAUGUCGGAAGCAGACAGACUCGUGCCACUUAUUUGACUGGAAUUGAGAGUCUAGCCCUGGGCCAGCUUCAGGGCAGCAACUUCUUACCGGCUCAUGGACGGCCACAACUCCCUUCGCGCAGUCAAACCCUAUCACUUGUCCAAGGCAGCCAUCAUCCGAGAACAGCGAUGCACCAAAGUAUUCCAGCCUUCGGUAAUCUUUCACUUCUCCCAGAGGCACACUCCACACCCAAUCCUUACUCAGACCUGAUCCUCACGACUCCUGCCAUUCGGUCAAGCCAUUAUGAAUCUAGUUUCCAACAACUCAAGUUUCUAGGUCGCGGAGGAUUUGGUGCUGUUUACCAUACGUACAAUCUUUUUGACAAGAAGGAGUAUGCAAUCAAGAAAAUACCUCUCAGUCCUAGAUUAUCUCAGAGGUACCGAGAAUCCGGCCAUAAAGAAUUGGAGAAUAUACUCCGAGAAGUGCAAGCUUUAGCCCAGCUUGAGCAUCAAAACAUUGUCCGAUAUCAUGCAACAUGGAUUGAGGAACCCAAAGAAGUACCCCCACCUGCUUUUCCACCGAGGAAGCCAAGUCUGGCUGUUGGGGGCAGAAAGUUGAUAGAAGCAGGGGGUUCAGCGCAUGGUCAUAUACCUCCCGUGCAGGCAGAAGAAGUGAGCGACGGAAUUGUCUUUGGGACAGACAGUGUUUCCAAAGCUGAGCCAUCCAGAAUCGAGGUUAACGCUCCAUUGAUCUCGUUCAUCCAGCAUACUGAAACAGACUCGGUAGCUGGUCGAACCUCAGAAAUGUUCACUGAUGGGGACGCCAGACCCAAUGUUCGGAACGAGACUGCUCUAGAUGCUUCAGUGUACGUCUUGCAUGUACAAAUGUCCGUCUAUCCUAUGACUCUUGCGCAAUACCUCGCCCCACAAGGUCAACAUCAAUCGAGCUCAACAAGCCCCCAAACUCGUCGUCAUUGCUUUCACUUAGUCCCAGCACUCAGGAUAUUACUUGGCAUUCUUUGUGGUCUGCAGUAUAUUCAUGCAAAGGGGUUGAUUCAUCGAGAUAUCAAGCCAAGCAAUAUUUUCAUUUCCAGCAUGGGAUUGAGCGCAGGAUCUCUCAUUGCGGAAGGUUAUCACGAUGUUGGAUCUUGCACUGGAUGUCCCGAUCGCAGUCCUUACUACAUCAAUCCUCGCAUCGGAGAUUUUGGUUUGGUAGCAGAAGCAGCAGCUACGAGCUCCACUAACCAGAAAGAUGUUGGAACACAGUACUAUCGUCCUCCUCCGUAUCGUGACCCUCAUAACAAGUGGAACUCUCACCUUGUCAACGAGAAACUCGAUGUCUUCGCAUUGGGUGUGAUUCUGGUCGAAAUGCUUUGGUGCUGUAGCACAAGCACCGAGCGUAUGCAUGUCCUCCAAGGCCUUCAACGAGGCAAGCUACCAUCGGGUUUUGUGGGGAAGAUCAAUGAGGAAGGCCAUGAACCCCAAAUGGGCGAUGUAGUGGUUCAAGGCAUUUUGGGCAUGAUCAAUCGCAAUCCAGAGGAAAGAUGGGGUUGUACAGCGGUGACAGAGUGGAUUGUCAUGAUAUUGAGCAAGUGCAAAACAUGCACUGACAGCAUUGGCGAUCGCCACGAUCAGCCAGAUGAGGCAUUGGUCAGAAUCCGAAGUCUGGGGGAAGUUGAAGUUGAAGAAGAAAUCGACCCAAACAGCAUGAAGUGA